UUUCCUCCUCUGAGGUCGUCGAAACAACAAACCGAACUACGGAGCAGCGGGGCGACAGACCGUCCGAAACCGCCUCUGACCGCGACUUUUAAACUCUUUUUGGUGAUUUUAGCGGGAUUUUAAGCAAGAUCGGAAAAGACAAUUAUAAGUUAGGACUCUACCACUGCUGUAUUUUUCAACAAGUUUCCCAUCUCAAGUCGCAUGCAACGUGUCCAGUUGUGUAUAUACUGAAAAUCGCAAAUCAAUCAUAAGUUGAAGUUAUCCAGAAGAUGUUACAGAAAUGAUAGCAGCACCAGAAAUACCGCCAGAGUUCGCCUAUCCUCAGGACACAGACACACGAUUCUCCUCAGACACAGACUUCUCAGAGGAUAUCGAUGGAAGAAGUACAAGUUCGAAAGGAAAGGGGGGUAAGAAGGGCAAGAAAGCAGCAGGGGAGAAAGGCAAAGGAGGAAAGGGGGCGGGCCGACUAAACGGCCACCACCAGGAGAAUGGCAUGGAAAACGUGAUGCUGUUCGAAGUGGUGCGGCUGGGCAGGAGUGCAAUGCAGUGUGUUGUAGAUGACUGGAUAGAGUCUUAUAAGCAUGACCGAGAUGUUGCGCUAUUAGACCUCAUAAAUUUCUUCAUCCAGUGCUCAGGAUGCAAAGGUGUUGUCACCGGUGAAAUGUUUCGUAACAUGCAGAACUCAGAGAUCAUUCGACGAAUGACAGAAGAGUUUGACGAGGACAGCGGUGACUACCCUCUAACUAUAGCAGGGCCUCAGUGGAAAAAGUUUAAAUCCAGUUUUUGUGAAUUUAUUUCGGUGCUGGUUCGUCAGUGUCAAUAUAGUAUCAUCUAUGAUGAGUACAUGAUGGACACGGUCAUCUCUCUCCUCACCGGACUAUCAGACUCCCAAGUCAGAGCCUUCAGACACACCUCAACACUGGCAGCGAUGAAGCUGAUGACGGCCCUGGUGAAUGUAGCUCUCAAUCUGAGCAUCAACAUGGACAACACCCAGCGGCAGUACGAGGCCGAGAGGAAUAAGAUGGUGGCCAAACGAGCCAACGAUAGACUGGAGCUGCUCCUACAGAAACGCAAAGAGCUCCAAGAAAAUCAGGAUGAGAUUGAAAACAUGAUGAAUGCAAUUUUCAAAGGAGUGUUUGUCCACAGAUAUCGUGAUGCGAUAGCAGAAAUCAGGGCAAUCUGUAUAGAAGAGAUUGGGGUGUGGAUGAAACUUUAUAGCGAUGCCUUCCUCAAUGACAGCUAUUUGAAGUAUGUGGGGUGGACAAUGCAUGAUAAGCAAGGAGAGGUACGCCUGAAGUGUCUGACAGCUCUGCAGGGACUCUACUACAACAGAGAACUCAAUGCAAGGCUGGAGCUGUUCACCAGUCGCUUUAAGGACCGAAUCGUGUCCAUGACUCUAGACAAAGAGUAUGAUGUUGCAGUGCAGGCAAUUAAACUGCUCACUCUUGUUUUGAAUAGCACAGAGGAAGUGCUGACCCCAGAGGACUGUGAGAGCGUCUAUCACUUGGUCUACUCAGCUCACAGGCCCGUGGCUGUCGCAGCGGGAGAAUUUCUCUAUAAGAAAUUGUUCAGUCAGCGAGAGCCAGAGGAAGAAGGCGCCCCCAAAAGGAGAGGACGACAAAGCCCAAAUGCCAAUCUUAUUAAAACGACAGUCUUUUUCUUCCUGGAGAGUGAGCUCCAUGAACAUGCGGCCUACCUGGUGGACUCUUUGUGGGAAUGCGGUCCUGAGCUGCUGAAGGACUGGGAGUGUAUGAUCAGCUUAUUGUUAGACGAUCCAUUACCGGGAGAAGAGCCUCUCAACGACCGACAAGAAACUGCAUUGAUUGAAAUAAUGCUGUGCACCGUACGGCAAGCUGCUGAAUGCCACCCACCGGUCGGUCGAGGUUCAGGAAAGAGGGUAAUGACUGCAAAGGAGAAAAAGACACAGCUAGAUGACAAAACUAGAAUGACAGAGUUGUUUGCUGUAGCAUUACCCCCUCUAUUGGCCAAGUAUGCUGUAGACGCUGAGAAAGUCACAAACUUGUUGCAGUUGCCUCAGUUUUUCGACUUGGAAAUCUACACAACGGGGCGUCUGGAGAAGCACCUGGAGUCCCUUCUGCGUCAGAUCAAGGAGAUAGUGGAAAAGCACACGGACACUGAAGUCUUGGAGACCUGCUCGAAGACGUACCAUGCCCUCUGCAAUGAGGAGUUCACAAUCUUUAACCGAGUGGAUAUCGCCCGCUCACAGCUGCUGGACGAACUGGUGGACAAGUUUAACAGGCUACUGGAAGAUUUCCUACAAGAGGGAGAAGACGCAGACGAGGACGAUGCGUAUCAGGUUUUGUCGACUCUAAAGAGAAUCACAGCAUUUCACAACGCACAUGACUUAUCUGGCUGGGACCUUUUCACCAGUAAUUUCAAGCUCCUAAAUACAGGCAUAGAAAAUGGAGACAUGCCAGAGCAGAUAGUCAUCCAUUCACUUCAAUGCACCCACUAUGUCAUUUUGUGGAACCUGGCGAAAUCUUCUGAGGGUAGUGCAAGAAAGGACGAUCUGGUGACCUUGAGGAAGCAGAUGAGAGCGUUCUGUAUGAUGUGCCAGCGCUACCUCACCAACGUCAACACGGCCGUCAAAGAACAGGCCUUCACCAUCCUGUGCGACCUGCUGCUGAUCUUCAGUCAUCAGAUGGUGUCAGGGGGCCGGGAGCACCUGGAGCCUCUGGUGUACUCCCCUGAGGACUCGCUUCAGUCUGAGCUCCUCUCCUUCAUCCUCAAUCAUGUCUUCAUCGACCAGGAUGACGACUCCAACAGCACAGAUGGCCAGCAGGACGAUGAAGCAGUGAAGAUUGAGGCUCUGCACAAGAGGAGAAACCUGCUGGCUGCCUACUGUAAACUCAUAAUUUACUGUGUGGUCGAGAUGAAGACUGGAGCAGACAUCUUCAAACAGUACAUGAGGUAUUACAAUGACUACGGCGACAUCAUCAAAGAGACCAUGAGUAAGACCAGACAAAUCGACAAGAUCCAGUGUGCCAAGACCCUCAUCCUCAGUUUGCAGCAGCUGUUUAAUGAGAUGCUGUCAGAGCUGGGUCACGGGUUUGACCGCUCAUCGUCGGCGUUCUGUGGCAUCAAAGAGCUGGCGCGUCGCUUCUCUCUCACCUUCGGUCUGGAUCAGGUCAAAACCAGAGAUGCCAUUGCCAUGCUUCACAAAGACGGCAUAGAGUUUGCUUUCAAAGAGCCCAGUCCUCAGGGAGAAGGGGGUCCGCCUCUGAACCUGGCGUUUUUGGACAUCCUCUGUGAGUUCUCCUCCAAACUCAUGAGACAAGACAAGAGGACUGUGCACAUGUACUUGGAGCGGUUCAUGACGUUCCAGAUGGCACUGCAGCGUGAGGACUGCUGGCUGCCCCUCAUCUCGUACAGAAACUCCCUACAGGCAGGGGGCGAUGAUGACACCAUGUCCGUGAUGAGUGGCCACUCCAGCAGGGGAUCGUCGGUGCGCUCCAAGAAAACCAAGCCCCCUGUCGUCACAGCUGGACCCUCUGUCGCCAAACGGAAACUACCAGAAGAGGAGAGCAGCAGCAGUGACAUGUGGCAGCAGACCAUGCAGACUCCAGUUAUGAUGCCCUCCCCCCACCUCACCUCCACCGCCAUGAGAGACCCCAAGAGGGCGAGAGAGGACAGCUACAUGGGCGUGUACCCCAUGACACACGAGCAAACACCCCAUCACCCCCCACACCAUCAACCCACGCCCCAGCACCACCCUCCGCCCAUGGACUACAAUUCCCAGGUGACGUGGAUGCUGGCUCAGAGGCAGCAGGAGGAGGCACGGCAGCAGCAGGAACGAGCCAUGAACUACGCCAAGCUCAGGUCCAGUCUCCAGCAUGCUAUUCGUCGAGGCACUGGUCUGAUGGAGGAGGACGAGCAGCCGAUCGUGGAGGACGUGAUGAUGUCAUCGGAGGGCCGCAUGGACGACCUCAACGAAGGCAUGGACUUCGACACCAUGGACAUCGAUCUGCCUCCAUCUAAGAACCGUCGUGAGAGGUCCGAGCUCAAGCCAGAUUAUUUCGACCCCGCCUCUAUCAUGGACGAGUCGGUCCUCGGGGUGUCCAUGUUUUAAGCUAAUAUCCAGAUGAUUUUGACGCUGGAGAAGAGAGAAGAGGCGCUUUGUAUUUAAAGAGAAUUUUAGAUGCGAAGACCGAAGUGUUUUCUGUUUAAAAAUAAAAAAAAUCCUAAAAAUCGCAAAAAAAACAAAAACUAAAUCUGGCUUGUACUCCACGUGGACCAAUGACAACCCACACUCAGUGUUGCUUGCUCAGAGAGGACUUUGUUUCAAAUAUUUACUUUUUAUAAUCUUGGGUAAGCUCUUCCUGUUUGAGAAUAAUAGUGUAACAGGCCACUUCCAAAAACCUAUUUAGAAACGUGUCUGAAGAAAUAUCCAUAGCUUUUUUUUUUUCUUCCAGAUUUUUUUAAUGGGGAUGAAUUGGUGUGUUUUAACUUAAGAAACAUUUUUUGUUUUAUGUCUAACCCUUUUUACAAUUGUAGUAAGUUACCAGGUGUGAAGUAGUAAUUUAUAAACAGACUGUAGUAGCUUGCUUGUAUACUGUGUUAGCCAAGUGGAUGGAGGUCUUCAGUUUCUGUGCUCCCCUUUGCUCCUCCCAAUCUCUCUCACUUAUGUCCCGUGCUGUUGGGUCUUCGUCAAAGUCCCCCCCAAAAAACCACUGUUGGUCCGAAAACGCAAGAUCUUGAAAAUACUUCCACUUCUUAUGCUGUGAAGCUAGAGUCCUUUUCGAACAGAACUCAGUAACUGGUUUUUAACUGACCCAUUUUCUACACUUUAGUUUUGAUCAACCAACAUUUCAGACUGAACGCCAUUUUUAAAUACUAACAAGUUGAGUUGACUGCUGUAUACGGAGUGGCUGAAAGGACAUAUAAAAUGUAAUUGUGAGCCGAUUCUGCAGUUAUGUUAAUAUGGAAACCUCCACUCAAAAUCAUGUGAACUUUAAAACAUAACACUGAAAAAUGGUGGUUUAAUUGAAUUUGAAAAUGUUUAUUGGUAUAUUGCUUAGCCCUACUCUUGUACUAUAAUACGCUCAGCUUUAUUUAGAUUUUUUUUGUCUAUGUAGCCAUACUAAACAAAAUUUCUUAACAUAACAAAUCCUGAGAUCUGAUCACAUUUUUUGAUUUUUAGUUCACUUUUUUUUUUUCUCUAGACUUGAUGCCAUUGGGUCGGCAGCAUUCAUUCUUUCAAGUAUAUAUAUAUUUUAAGUGACAACAUUAAAUAAGACUGGACACUUAAAUCACCCUAAAAUGUGUACUUUAACUAUCACAGACACUGUUUUGUAGAAAUGUUACUGAGUUCUGUUUCAACUCUUUAUUUUAUUUUAUUUUUUUAAUAUUUCCCCAAUUUGGACCACUACAGAUUUGCCAACGUAUAAUUAGGAUACAUUGUUUUUUUCUCACAAGGUCCAGCAGCAUAAUGUUGAAUGGGUAUCUCUACAUUUUAAAUAAAAGUUAUAUAUGGAUCGGUGCUGCAUUUAUAUACGUGCUUUUUGUUUCUUAUGUUUUAACUUUUCAACUUCAGUCACAAAGUUUGAGAAAUGUGUAAGUAACAAAAAAAAUGAAAGCAUGUGUUGACAGCCAUGCGAAAAGGAAGAUUUUUAAAUUUGUAUUUUAAUGUUUUUUUUUCCUUUUCGGUCUUGAUAAUGUCUUCGGAUUUCUACCUUUUUUCCUACAUGUAAAUUAGUUUGGAUAUCUAAUGAAGCAACUUGUGAAAAUCAGCUUUAAACAGUUUUUUCUCCUGUCACAAAUAUGCUUAGAUCUGAAAUAUAACAUUACGAUAUUACAAGGUAGUCACUCAGACAAUACUGAAGAUUUAAAGAGUUAUUCAUUACCGCCGUGGCAGCUAGACAAGGCGUAGAUUUUGGCAUAUAAGUGUCACUCGAAUUUAUUGAACUGUUUUGUCUACUGACGUUUCUUUUGUAGUCAUUCCAUGCUUAAGCCUUAAACAUGCUCGCGGAGGUCACCUAUCGCAGUAAUCUUCCUUGUCUGAGACCCUCAUGUUUUAAGGCGGUUUGAGAAUUUGGCUUUUUUUUUAGGACAUACAUAGGUUGCGUUCAUGGCAUUUUGUCAAUUUGGUGUGAUUUCAGAUGGAGGGCAGGGGCCUGUAUAAUGCUAUGGAGAAUCUAACCAAAAUUUCACAUUUUUUGUAUAGUUUUUUGUUUGUUUGUUAGGAAUUGCGUCCACUAACUUGCCAUAUUAAGAUUGAAGUCUUUUCAACUGACAACAAUCAUGUCUGAAAAACUAAUUUUUUUUAUACGCGAACGUCAGUUGUUCUGAUAGCAAACCUUAAACCAGGUCAAAACUUCACUUUGUUUUAAUAGGCAAAUUCUCCCAUAGAUUUCUGACCUGCCCUCCACCUCAGCGGUAAACUAUGGGCAGAUUAGAAAGAUGCGACGUGACGUGAACCCAAUCUAUCAAGAGCUGGUCAGAUAUAAUGUGAUGGAACAGCUUAUAUGUGUUUGCCUAAUUAUUUUAUGUAAGUAAAAUGAAAUUCUUUUAAAGGACAAAAGUACUGUUUAUUGUUUGUUACUUACCACUACAUUGGUAUAAAUUCUUAUUAGAUCAUGUGUAUAUAUACAAAUUUUAAUUUCAUUUUUUUCCGUUUUGCCAUUUCUGUGUUUUGUUCCUGCACUCUUGCCUACACUCUAUAAGUUGAUGUCUAUUAUCCCACCCUCUUUCGGUCACUGUUUCUUCUGCUUUGUACUUGUCUGGAGACAGUAACUUUUGAAUAAAAAUCAACACAUUUCA